GCCUCCGGCUGGUGGGUUGAAUCUUGAGUGUCCUGAGAGGUCAGAUUGCUGUCAGACAUGGCCCAUGGACAUGGACAUGAACAUGGUCAUAGUAAAAUGGAACUUCCAGAUUAUAAACAAUGGAAUAUAGAAGGGACACCAUUAGAAACUGUCCAGGAGAAGCUGGCUGCACGAGGGCUAAGGGAUCCAUGGGGCCGCAAUGAAGCUUGGAGAUACAUGGGUGGCUUUGCAAAUAAUGUUUCCUUUGUUGGUGCAUUAUUAAAAGGAUUCAAAUGGGGAUUUGCUACAUUUGUGGUAGCUGUAGCGGCUGAAUAUUACCUGGAGUCCCAGAAAAAAGAUAAGAAGCAUCACUGAAGAUAAUACCUGGAAUUAUCUUUUAAUGUCUUCUUAACUCUCUUUUAAAAAGAUUUCUUCACUGUAGCGUACUCAUCUGUGUGUUUGUUCCUUACUUGGUUCUAGUAAGAUUUAAUAAAGUAAGAGGACAUGUA